UCAAAGAUCCGGUUGUUCAGAAAAGUGGAUUCAAUUGUGUGUAGUAAAUAAGCAUGACAUCGCAUCGUUCAAUAUCAACAAAUAUUCGAUUUGUUAAUCAAGUUCGUGAUACUACGUGGUUUAGAAUAACAGGUACGACACCUACCAGACAUAUUCCCCAAAAGAUAAUCUUUCAGCUUUUCUGGCAGUCAUACCCCUUAUCUGCUGUUUUGGCAGCACGGGGCACGAUAACUGUCAACUGAGUUUGGAGGAAAAAAAAGUGAAAAAGUAUUUAAAUAAACAAUGAACAAUCGUCUAUCAGUAAAAUCCUGUCCGGCAAUAGCUGCAAACGUGAAAAAAGAGUUUUCAGAAAUCGGAUGGAUUCGAUUGUUUCAGGGUAAUACUAAUGAGAUGCGCCGUGAUGAAAACGUAAGGAGUUCCGAGAGAAAUAAGUAAAUAAGAGAGAAAUAAGUGAAUAAGCAAUGAACAAUCGUCUAUCAAUCAAAUCCUGUCCGGGUGCAGUGAUGAAAACGUAAGGAGUUCGGAGGGAAAAAAGUGACCCGGCAAAAAAUGUUAAAUGUGAACAAUUACCUAUCAAUUAAGUCAUGACCGGUGAUAGCUGCAAACGUAAGGAAAAAGGCAUGUUCGUUUUCCGUUAUCAUUGCACAAAAAACUAGUUUUCAGAAAUCCCACAGCAAACGGAGUCCGUGUAUGUUUUCUCGGAACCCUUCGAUGUAGUUCUAUGACGAUGUAGGUCUUAUGACGGUCCGCCUCGCUACCGAAAGAGGUAGGCCGUAAGAAAUACUUGUAGCAUUCAAUAACACUAAAAAAAUGAGUCAAUGAAACAUGUAAUUAAACCAACAGAUGCGAAUGCUUCUUUGCUUUAUUAGUGGUUUUAUUACAGCCAACACGACUCUUAUAAAAUCGACAUAUCAUACUGUUACAAAACCUAGAAACUGAUCUUAUUGUGGCUAUUUAAAAUUCAAAAAUUAGCAAUUUGGUUGUGGAAAAUCUCUCAUAAGAUUGUAAUAGGUGCAAAGUUCGAACACAUUUGCUGUAUACAAAAAUGGAUGCGUGGAAAAGAAUUAAGACCUCUGGCAGUUUUAAGCGAAGUGUAAAGAAAAAUUUCAACAAAAUAAAUAAUGUAAAUCCGCAGCUGUAUAAGAAAAAUAUUCCGCUGAAAUCCUUCACUGACAGUUCCAGCCAGAAAACAACCCCAGAGUUUUCUGUGGAUGAGAUAACUCCAGAGUGCUCAUCAUCGAGUCGGAUUAAACCAUCCUCAGAUUGUACAGAUACAUCAACCAACUAUACCAUAUCCAACGAGGAAGACUUUGCUGAACCGGAGUUAGAAGAUGAAACAUUUGCCAACAUGCGUCUUUUAACAGAUUUACAGUCGUGGGCAGUUAAAUACAACAUUCGCCAAACCGCAUUGAAAGAGCUGCUGACGAUUUUAAACACACGUUUAUCUGACAUCUUGCCACGCGAUCCGAGAACAUUAUUGAAAACGGUACAAACUGUAAAGCUUGUUCAAAUGGAUAACGGACAAUAUUGGCACCAAGGCAUCGAAACCUGCAUCGAUAGAAUGCUUCCGGAAAUCACUGAACCGUUAACUAUCUCUGUGAAAGUCAAUAUCGAUGGUUUGCCAGUAUACAAAAGUUCAAAGGACGAAUUCUGGCCAAUUUUAAUAAAUAUUGACGAAUUCCCCCAAGUUGAGCCUAUGAUCGUUGGUAUUUAUGCUGGCAAACAAAAACCCGCAUGCGUCGUGAACUUUUUGACACCAUUUGUUGAUGAUAUGGAGAUAGUGUGCAAAGAUGGAAUCAUCGUUAAUGGUCAUAAAGUGUCAGUGGCAAUUAAAGGUUUUGUAUGUGAUUCCCCAGCAAGAGCUUUCAUAAAAGGAACUGCCUAUUUCAAUGCGCAAAAUGGAUGUCAAAAAUGUACCACAACCGGAGAAUACUCUUACGUUUCUCAUACUAAUUACUUCCCUCGAGCAAGAUGUCCUCCAAGAACAGAUUGGGACUUUCGAAAUAAAAAGUAUGGUAGUCAUCACAAAAAUGAUUCCCCGCUGUUGAGGCUCAACAUAGACAUGAUAAAAGAUUUUGCAGUUGGAGACUCUCUUCACCUUAUAGAUUUGGGUAUCAUGAAGAAGCUCUUGCUGGGAUGGCGGGAUGGCAAAUUUGGAAGCUACAACACAAAGUGGCCCGCUAAUGUUACAGUUAAUCUCUCCAAAAGACUGUUGCAGCUAAGAAUGCCACAUGAGAUUCAUCGAGCACUUCGAGGAGUGGAUUGCAUAGGGCAUUGGAAAGGUCUCGAGUUUCGUACCUUCCUGAACUAUGUCUCGAUAGUGGUACUUAAACCAAUCCUCUCUUCGGAGGUUUAUGAGCAUUUUCUUUCUUUUUUUUGUGCCAUAACUAUUUGUUCCUCAGAGAGUUAUACUCACCUACUGGAUUUGGCUGACAUGCUGCUCAUGCACUUUCAUGAUCACUUCAAAGAUAUAUAUGGAGAAGAUUACGUUUCAAGUAAUGUUCACAAUUUGACCCAUUUGAUUGACGACGUCAAACGGUUUGGAAUUUUGUCAAGAUUCAGUGCGUAUCCUUUCGAGAAUAAAUUAUUCCAAAUUAAGAACUUGAUCAGAUCAGGAAGGAAUCCACUUUCGCAAAUAGCAAAGCGACUUUCAUUGUGUAAAAAUUUUGUAAACCAAUGGUUUUUGACUAAAUCGCACGAGGUCGUUGCGAUGAAUUUCGUCGUUAAGAACAGAAAUGAAGAAACAAAAAUCAAAGUCACCUCGGACAGCUUCUAUGGAACGAAACUACAAGUCUUUGCUAACUAUUUCUCCCAAGCUGCUCCAGAGAAAUUCUGGUCUGCGUAUUGA